AUGAGCUUCCCUGGUGCCGGCGCACCUCCACACGGCGUUGAGCCAGACCUAGAAAACCCCGAAGACGUUCUUUGGACAUGCAACUUCGUGACCCAGGGACUCACCAUGUUUUUUGUCACUAUUUUUGCUCUUGUUCGACUGUACGCCAAACACAAGCUGUUUGGCGGCAAGUUUACUUGGGAUGACUACACUACAUGCUUUGCCUACAUUCUUUUGGUUGGCUACUGUGUCACAGCGUGUCUCGCCGGGGUAUAUGGCGCAGGUCAUAACCAGUGGGAGGUGAGGAAGGAGGAAAUAGAGAAUUUCUACAAAGCAGGAUAUGCAGCCACCAUAUUCUAUGCGCCCAUGACUCUUUGCGUCAAACUUUCACUUCUACUACUCAUUGCCCGCGUCUUCGGCAGCGUUCAUAAGAAGACGAUGUGGGGAAUCCGCAUUCUCAUUGGGGGGAUCAUGGCCGUGCUACUACGUCUCGGUGCCAUCAUCACUGCAGACGCCAUCAUUAGCGCGAUCAGUGAUCUAGCUAUCCUUCUGCUCCCUACACCCCUCACCUGGUCUCUGCAGCUUGCAUUGAAGAAGCGACUUCGAGUGAUUGCGAUGCUGUGCGCCGGGGGCGUUGCAACUGCAUUCAGUCUUUACCGAUUGGUUCUCAUUCUUUCUGAAGCGAACUCCCAGAACCAAAGCAUUGUUUUUACCAAGGUCAUUCUCUCAGGCAAUGCUGAAGUUGGCCUCGGGCUUAUAUGCUCGUGUUUACCAGCUGUCAAUGCCCUUUAUAUUAAAAAGAUGAAAGGGUCAUCAUACUUUGCACGACACGAGUAUCAAAACCAGUAUCAUCGCUCCGCCCACACUGAGCCUGGUCGUGGCGAUAUCCUGAUGACGAGGACAAUCCGGAUCAACACUUCAUCUAAACAAAGAGGCGAUGGCGAAAGUAUAUUGACUGCCGGCUGUGAUGAUGCCGCACUGAUUGCAGAAGCGCAGCAAGCGCCCCGAACAGACACACCAAGCAGAAAUUCGGAUUCAAUCGUAUAA